AUGUCUCAUGCCAACUGCAGCCCUGCAAGCUCCUCUCGCGGCGUCAUCGCGACACUAUUUCGCAAAAAGUUAAUUAGCCCGGACUCGGAAUCUUCCGAAGAUUCCACUUAUGGUGCUCGUAUCUCUGAUAUGGCAGUAUUCGAAUUCAUGGCUCUAAUUGAUGCUAUGAGAGUUCCGUGGAGUAAAGAAUCUUCAAAUCAUAAGUGUCUCCAUACAACAACGGCAUCUGAUAAUACGCCGGCCCCUAUGGUUAUGGAAAUAGCCUUCUGUAUGCCAGAGAUUCUGAGGCUUGAUGAGCUUCGUCGACACACAGACUUCUGGCAGUUCGAGAAGAAGUGGAACAUCGAAAUAGCUUUUCAAGAGAACGAUGUUUUCAGACGGCACAAACGUCUAGCCGUUUUCGAUAUGGACUCGACCUUGAUUCAGCAGGAGGUUAUUGAUGAAAUUGCGAGGUUUGUGGGAGUGGAAGAUAAAGUCUCCGCGAUCACUGCACGUGCCAUGAAUGGCGAGAUUGACUUUACCGAAUCGUUGAGGCAAAGAGUUGCUCUACUUGAAGGUGUUCCUUCAGAUGUAUUUGAGAAGCUCAAAUCAGUCAUUACGUUCACGCCCGGUGCAAGAGAGCUCACAAGAGCUCUCAAAACACUAGGGUUCAAAUUGGCCGUAUUGAGCGGAGGAUUUAUACCCCUUGCGAAUUACGUCAAGGAAGAACUUGGUCUAGACUAUGCGCAUGCCAAUACGCUCGUCAUUAGUGAAGAUGGCACGCAACUCACUGGUGAACUCACCGGUGACAUUGUGCAUGCUGAGCGCAAAGCUGAGCUCCUCGAAAAAAUCGCGAACGAGAACGGAAUCGCUCUCAGACAGGUUGUUGCCAUCGGUGACGGAGCUAAUGACCUCCCAAUGAUGUUUAAAGCUGGACUCGGUAUUGCAUUCGAUGCGAAGCCGGCUGUUCAACUUAGGGCUCCGUGCAGGAUUAAUUCCGGGAACCUUCAAGAUGUGCUUUAUAUUUUAGGGUUCACGAAGGAAGAGCAAGAUCAAAUCCUGGGAGCUUAG